UUGUUCGUCUUCUCUAACGUAUGAUGCGCGUUUUGGCAGGAACAUGGAUGAGGGCAAACGCAGCGUAGAGACUCUGGCUCGUGUCAGCCAGUAAACAACAAAAAAAGAAAGAAAAAAAUCUGAGAGAUUAUGGUGCAUUUAGUGCGUUUUUAGGAUGAGACGCGGCGCGUUUUGUGUGGGUUCGUUGUGAGGAUGUGACCGGACAGAGAUCAGUGCUUUAUCGCUCCGCUGCGUCUCAACAGAGCCGCUCAUGAUGCCCAGAACUGUGAGGAGACUGGUCCAUUUGGUGCUGUUCUGCCCUCUGUCCAAAGGCCUGCAGAGUCGUCUCCCAGCUAUUAAAGUCAAGUACCUUCUCCUGGCGUGGCUGGGCAUCCUCGUCGCCAGCUGGGUCAUCUACAUGCAGUAUGCCUCGUACUCUGAACUCUGCCGCGGGCACGUCUGCCAUAUGGUCAUUUGCGAUCACUACAGACGAGGCAUCAUUUCAGGCUCAUCCUGCAAGGCACUGUGUGAUCAGAGGACGCUCACCAUGCAGCGCUGCAUGUCCACAACCUCCACACAUCAGGUGUACAGUGGCCUGUGGAAGGAGAUUCCCGUUGUGAUCAAGUGCGGCAUCGAGGAUCCUGUGAAGAUCGACGGAGCGCCAGACUCUGUGCUGCGACAGGAGAUGAGCUUAUUUGACAAACCCACGCGUGGAACCUCGAUGGAUGAAUUUAAAGAGAUGCUGCACAGUUAUCUCAAGGUUAACCUUGGUGAGCAGUCAUCUCUGACCACCUUGGUGGACAGAGUCAUUGCCCUCGCUGACGUCAAUCAGGAUAGCAAAGUGUCUCUAGCAGAGGCCAAAUCUAUCUGGGCUCUCCUCCAGAUUAAUGAGUUCCUCCUGAUGGUGGCGCUGCAGGAAAAGGAGCACACUCCCAAGUUGCUGGGCUUCUGCGGAGACUUGUAUGUGACAGAACGUGUGAGCCACAGCUCCCUCUACAGGAUAGAGGUGCCUCACUACCUGCAGAGCCUGGUCCCAGAAGCCUUGACCUCCAGUGUGAACCACUGGCUCGCACCAGCCUGGCCCCGCAGAGCUCGCAUCACCAUCGGCCUGCUGGAGUUUGUGGAGGAGGUCUUCCACGGCUCCUAUGGGAGUUUCCUAAUAUGUGAUGCCAGUCCUCUUCAUGUGGGCUACAAUAACAAGUAUGACUGCAAGAUGGUCAACCUCCACAGUGUGGCGUCCGAGGCAGUUGUCCGGGGAUUUCUGAGGGGACGGCGAUGUGAGACUAACGCAGACUGCACCUACGGCAGGGACUGCACGGCCACCUGUGAUCGACUAGUGAAGCAGUGUAACACGGAGGUCGUGCAGCCCAAUCUUGCAAAAGUGUGCGUUCUGUUGCAGGACUUCCUGCUUUUCGGAGCACCCUCAGAUCUCCGUGGCGAUCUGGAAAAGCAGCUGCGCACCUGUGUGACUCUCAGCGGGCUGGCGAGCCAGAUGGAGGUGCAUCACUCACUGGUCCUCAACAACCUGAAGACUCUGCUGUGGAAGAAAAUUUCCAACACGCAGUAUUCUUGAAAACAGACUAUAAUCAUCCAACGUGCAUUUCUACAUAUUGAGUGAAUUCUCACAUGAACCGUAGACGUUUUUUGCUGAAGAAACUUUGCCAAAUGUUUUAGAUAGUGGUGGUUAUUGUAAAUUUUAAUAUAUUUUCUCUCUUUCUUGACUCUGACAGGAAGCUGUGAAUUAAUAUAUGUAUAUAUAUUUGUAUAUAUAUGUAUAUAUAUUUA